UCUAGCUAAGUUUCAAGUCUUCGAUCGUUACCAUCGUUGUUUUUUCAUUUUAUAGAAUAAAAUUAUUAAUGGAUCGUUCAUUGAUUUAACAGAUUUUUCAAUAUCCUUAUAUCUACGCUUCACAUAGUUUUCUGUAGAAAACAUUUCGCGAAAAGAUUAUCGUUGUUAGAUACGAUGAAAAUAUAUGCAAUGAUAAUCGUUAACGUCGAGAUACGUAGAAUGUCACUUUCCUAUAAAUGUAAAAGUACGUACAUUCAUUUAGGAUCGCUAAGAGGGGAUGUAAAAGAGAUCGAGGAAGAAAGAGAUCCAUGCAAGGACGACGAACGGCGAAAAGGGGGUGUUCUGUUAGUUGGUGGGGCUGGAGUUCGAGGAUUGGCUGCGCGAAAGCGACCUGCAGCCGAGGGGAUGCGUCGGAAGGGUUUUCAAAAUAACAGAUUGAUUUUUCGCUUACGUUCAUUUUAAAAAUCGAAGAUGAAAUUCUUCACCCUUGUGAUGCUUGUUACUAUUUUUGGUAUCACUACCAUCCAAUGCGAACCCGAACCGAUGGCUAGACCAACCAGACCAAAAGUUUUUACAAGUCCGGAAGAAUUACAAGAAUAUUUGAAAGAUGUCAAAGGUUACUAUUGGUUAAAUGGAAAGGCCAGGUAUGGAAAAAGAGCCGGAGGUAACGCAUUUCCCGCAUUUUAUUUAGGAUAUCCGUGGAAUACUUUGAGAUUUAUACUCGAUACUCACCGCCAUUUUCAACAACAGAAAGAGGAUAAGAACAAACCGAUAAAGGGACAAAUAAUUUUUCGUAAUAACUUUCGUAAUUUUCAAGAUACUGAUUCAAAAAAACAAGUAUUUCGAAAUAAUCCGCCAGAAAAUUUAAGUGACAUGAUUGAUAAGUAUUACGACGACGUAGAGUAAAUACGAUGGUAUCGAUUCAAAGUUCAACUAUUUCUUUUAAAGUGUCGUGUAUUCGUGACUUGUCAAAGUAAUGAUGGUUUUAUAAAAAUAAUGACUGGUAAAAUUAGUACAUUUUUACACUUCGCUUAGAUGUAUCUGCUGUUUCUAUAAUAGAGAACAUAACUAUUUCUUUUUAUGAUUGUAUAACAUCUUCCAAUAUCAUCGUAAUUUAUCACGAGAUAAAACUCAUUUAUGGCAACACGGCACUUUGGAGUUUAAAAAUUAAAUGGGAACAAUUUAUUUUACAUUCGAAUUAUCAACGUGUAUCUACGAGUUUCGAUUAUUAGUAGACAUAAUUAAUUCAUAAAUGUCAUAAAGAAGCUGUCUGAAGAGGUAUUAAGAAAAUAAAAAGAAAAGAAAAGGAACGAUCCUGGAUUACGUAGGUUGUAUUAUUGAUGUGCACUCUUCAAAAGACCUUAAAAGUUAUGUGUUUUUGGGUAGAAAGUUCAAAUAGGUAAUUCAUUGCUAGAAAUAUUAUACGAAAAUAUAUGACUAUUGAGAAAAGUUAAAGAAACCUUUAUUUAAUCAAUACAAUAAGAUUUAAGAUAAACAGUAAGUUCCUUCAAGUUAUAAUAAAUGAAUAUUUACAAGCAUCAUUUGCGAAAGCUCAAUAUCUCAUUUGCACUAUUUUAAUUGAUAAUAAUCACAAAUAAUUCAGAAAGUAAAUAAUAAAAAUAAAA